CCUGUACUAAGGGUAUUCCUGCCUUGUGCCCAGUAAUUCUGGGAAGGCUUUGAAUCCACCGUGACCCAGGUGCCACUGGUCAAUGUCUGUUUUUCACAGCUGCAGUGACUUGUGUCUGGGUCUCCACCAGGUGCUCCAGUUUCUUCCCACCUCCAACUAAAAACCCCCACUUAUAGAUGCCCACCAAAGUCAGUGGUGGAAUCAGAAAGGGGUUAAACAAGGGCCCUUUCUUUGUUGUACAUUGUACUUUGGACUGGGACCCGUGUCUUUUCAGUUAAGUCUGAAACAAAAUAGCAAAAUAACCCCUAUAAACCACUUUGAACACCAUUGAACCAUAGUGGAAGCUAUUAUGUACAAAUAAAGUUUUUUUCAAGGCAAAAACCUCUGCUAACCAAUUAACACAAAGGCCUGUCUCACAUUUGCAAACAAACAUCUUGAUGUUCAACAGGCCUGACGAAACAAUAGUGAAAUAUUUUGGAAGGUGUUUGUCCUAUUACAUCUGGCAUAAAACUAAUAAGAACAUCAUUUCAGUAAAAGAACAUAAUACACUUAAUUAAGUUAAACAUGGUGGUGGUGGUAGUGUAAUGGUCUGGGGCUGCUUUGCUGCUUCAGGAUCUGGACAAUUUGCUGGACAAUCUGGACAAGAAAAUGGGAGAAAAUAGAAUGAAGGAAAACAUCCAGCCAUCAGUUUUUUGGAUACUUGGGUCAGCAGUAAAAUGAACCAAAUGACACCAGCCAGUUCUCCUAUGAAUGGUUAAAAACACAAUUAAGGUUCGGAGUGGCUUAGUCAAUUUCUGAUAGAGAUGCUGUGGCAUGACUUAAAACAGACUGUGCAUGCUCAAAAACUUCUCAUGAGGCUAAGUUGGCCAAAAUUACUCCUCCUCAGAGAUGUGAAAGACUCAUUGCCAGUUAUCAUAAAUGUUGGAUUGCAGUUGUAGCAGCUGAGGGUGGCACAAAUUAGUUAUUACCCAGCUGGCAUUUCAACGUUGAAUCAACGUUGGAUUUGGUGUUGGUUUUAAAAAGUAAAUCAACGUUGCUAUGGUAACCAUGUUUUAAUCUCAUACAUUCAACCUUUAUUAAACCAUAGCUCACUAAAACUAGAAAAUCCUAUGGUUAACAAAGUGUUAACAAUAAACUUACAUCACUGUAGUAAAGCUGAGUAACAUUAACAUUAAAUGUUGUUUUAAGAUAUUACUUUAGUCAUAUUUCAACCACAUUUUAACGUUUAACGAAGGUCGGUUGUGUGCCAGCUGGGUAGGUUAUUAUGUUAUCAGGGGCGAAUACUUUUUUUUUCCAUAGGGUCAGGUUGGUUUUGAUAGAUUAUUUCCCUAAAUAAGUAAAAUCAGUAUUUAAAUUCUGCUUUUUAUGUUUAGAUAGGAUAUCUUUGUCUGAUAUUAAAAAGUGUUUGCUAAUCAUAUAUUUUAAGUUUGAUAAGUCUGUAGGGUACAAAUAUAUUUUUAACAGCACUGUAUCUGUUCACACAGUGCCCACAUCUCCACAUUGGUCUUUCUUUCUCUUUCUCUCUCUUUCUAUAUCUCUCUCUAUGUGCUGCAGGAAUCAGUUGUACGGGUCUGUCCGGCUCUCCAACAACAACAACACCACGGUGGACCGGCUACACCUGGGUGACGUCACGCGUGCACCGGGCGCACCUGAUUUAUCUUCCAACUUUAUUUGAUUUUCUUCCCAAGUUUUGAAAUCAGCUCACAGGAGGCGUCUCGAGGGUCUCCCAGCAACAGCACGCCGCGAGACGGCGAGGGGAAUAAAGAAAUAAAGAGAAAGAAGAAAAAAAAAAACAUCACGCUCUCUCGCGCUCAGGUGUGCAAACAUAAUAAAGAGCCCGGAUGAGAGGCGAGAAAUUAUCAGCGCGCGGUGUGUCUCCAGCUCUCCGCGUCAUCGCGGAGGGGAUUUUUUUGUGUCCCGGGCUAACAAUAGCUCCCGGUUGCUGCAAUAAGCGCGCGCCUGGUUACGGGCACGAGCAUCGUUCAGCCUCGUUUUUUUUGCAAAUUUCCAGAAGCAGAAGUUGCUAAUAAUGUGAGUCAGGACAGGAGGCGCGCGCGGGACUGACCUGAUAAACUCAGGUGUUGGGUGAGGAGGUAACGUCAGCGCGAGAGGUGACGUCGGGAGGAGGGCCACUUUAUAAACCGCGAGACCGAGGACCAGACAACACUUCCAAAAUCACACACUCUCUCAAACUCUCACACACACACCUGAGCGAGCCUACCGCCGCGUGAUGAUGAACACGAUGAAGACCCCCCUCGCGCUGCUCUCUGUGAUCCUCCUGUGCGCCGCGCUGAGCGCCGCCAGCCCGCGCCCUCUGCGCCAGCUGCCGCGCUCCCCCCCGCUGGACAGCUCCUCCACCUGGAACAACCUGAUGGAGAUGGUCAAGGAUGCGCAGGCGCAGGACAGGGACCACGAGACUCGACUCAUCCCAGUGAUCCCCAGCGAGAAGUUAAGAGAUACAUCAAUGUGCUGUCCUAACAUCAAAAUCCUCAGAUUCUACCUGAACGACAUCCUGCACAACGAGAGCUACUCCCGCAUGCAGCUGGUCCGGCAUGAUCUCCACCGAGUGGCCAGAGACCUGGAGUCACACUGUAACUCCCAUCUGGCUGACCUGGAGCACUUUCAGACGUUCACACAAAACCUGGUGCGGGCUGGAGAGAUGUACAAGAACAACAUCAAAGCCCAAAAUAAAGCGAUCGGAGAGGCUAACAUUCUCUUCCACUACCUCUACGAGACCUGCAAACCCCCCGGCAUGAAGCUCUGAAUGGUCCUGCUCACCAGCUGAAAUUCUCUGCCUUAUUUCAGACCUUGACAAGUGUUUUUAAAAUUUUGCUAUUUUGUCAUUUUAAUAUAAGAAAUUUUAUUUAUUGUGAUUAUAUUUAUUUGUAUGUUUAUUUAUUGUACAUUGUGACAAUAUUAUAAGUGCGGGAGUGUUUUUAACAGAGUAAAUACUCACACAGUGUGUGACCUGUGCUGUUAAAUGACAUUGUAAGGCCAGACAAGAGGCCACUGAUAUGACCUGACCUGGACCAAAUAUCCAGAGCCAGGACACUUAAAUGUAAAUGCAUUAUAAAAGCAUUUAUUAUACUUUUUUAAAAAUGUAAUUAUUACAGUUCUAUUCUAAAAUGUUGCUUUAUUUAAAAAACGAUUUCUAGCAAUUGAUGUGACUUUUUUAUAUUAUUUAUUUAAACAUUGGCACUGGUUUG